GUACGUGCUGUAUUUUCUUCGCUUUCUGCUACUUUGAGUUGUUCCAAAAUGGCUGACCAAAUUCCAUUCGGUGUUGUGGAGCACAUUUUGACCAAGUUGGGGUCCAAGGCGUUUCAAGAAAUUGGAUCCAUGUAUGGUGUUCCAAAGGAGAUGACCAAGCUCAAGGACAACCUGGACGUCAUCAAAGGUGUACUUCUGGAUGCUGAGGAACAGCAGCAGCAGAAAACUCGUGGAAUAGAAGCUUGGGUCCAGAAGCUCAAAGGCGCCGUGUAUGACGCAGAUGACUUGCUGGAUGAUUAUGCAACCCAUUAUCUACAGCGAGGAGGAUUCGCAAGGCAGGUCAGUGACUUCUUCUCACCUGUAAAUCAAGUUGUUUUUCGCUUUAAGAUGAGUCAUAGACUCAAGGAUAUCAAUGAAAGGCUGGACGCUAUCGAAAAAAAAAUCCCCAUGUUAAAUCUCAUUCCACGGGACAUAGUACUACACACACGGGAAGAGAGGAGUGGGAGAGAAACCCACUCAUUCUUGUUGCCGUCUGAUAUUGUAGGAAGAGAAGAAAACAAAGAGGAGAUAAUAAGGAAGCUGUCAUCUAACAAUGAAGAAAUUCUUUCCGUUGUUGCCAUUGUUGGCUUUGGGGGAUUGGGUAAGACCACCCUCACUCAAUCGGUAUACAAUGACCAAAGAGUAAAACAUUUUCAGUAUAAGACAUGGGUUUGCAUUUCUGAUGAUUCUGGUGAUGGUCUUGACGUCAAACUGUGGGUCAAAAAGAUUUUAAAAUCUAUGGGAGUUCAGGAUGUGGAGAGUCUGACCUUGGAUGGUUUGAAAGACAAGCUUCACGAAAAAAUAAGUCAAAAGAAGUACUUGUUAGUACUUGAUGAUGUUUGGAACGAAAAUCCUGGAAAAUGGUAUGAACUGAAAAAAUUGUUGAUGGUUGGUGCUAGAGGAAGUAAAAUUAUAGUAACCACCCGAAAACUUAAUGUUGCAUCCAUUAUGGAAGAUAAGUCUCCCGUUAGUUUGAAAGGUCUAGGAGAAAAGGAGUCUUGGGCUUUAUUUUCAAAAUUUGCAUUUAGAGAACAGGAGAUUUUGAAGCCAGAAAUUGUAGAAAUUGGAGAAGAAAUUGCAAAAAUGUGCAAGGGAGUUCCUCUCGUUAUUAAGUCUUUAGCAAUGAUAUUGCAGUCUAAAAGAGAACCGGGGCAGUGGUUGUCUAUUAGAAACAAUAAAAAUUUGCUGUCACUUGGAGAUGAAAAUGAGAAUGUUCUAGGGGUGCUGAAAUUAAGUUAUGAUAAUUUGUCAACUCAUUUGAGACAAUGUUUUACAUAUUGUGCUUUAUUUCCAAAAGACUAUGAGAUUGAGAAAAAGUUGGUGGUACAUCUAUGGAUAGCACAAGGUUAUAUUCAAUCUUCAAAUGAUAAUAAUGAGCAAGUAGAGGAUAUAGGGGAUCAAUAUGUUGAGGAAUUAUUGUCAAGGUCAUUGUUGGAGAAGGCGGGAACCAAUCAUUUUAAAAUGCAUGACCUUAUACAUGAUCUUGCACAAUCAAUUGUAGGAUCUGAGAUCCUUGUUUUAAGAAGUGAUGUAAAUAACAUUCCAGAAGAAGCUCGUCAUGUAUCAUUGUUUGAAGAGAUAAAUCCUAUGAUAAAGGCUCUAAAGGGAAAACCCAUAAGAACCUUUCUUUGUAAAUAUUCUUAUAAAGAUAGUACAAUUGUAAAUUCAUUUUUUUCAUGUUUUAUGUGUUUACGUGCAUUGAGUUUAAGUUGUACGGGUAUAAAGGAGGUGCCAGGGCAUUUAGGCAAAUUGAGUCAUUUAAGGUAUCUUGAUCUUUCCUACAAUGAGUUUAAGGUACUUCCGAAUGCUAUUACAAGGUUAAAGAAUUUGCAAACACUAAAACUCACCAGCUGUAAGAGAUUAAAAGGAAUUCCAGACAAUAUAGGAGAAUUGAUCAAUCUUAGACACUUGGAGAAUGAUAGUUGUUAUAACUUGGCUCAUAUGCCACAUGGAAUCGGCAAGUUGACUUUACUUCGAAGUCUACCAUUGUUUGUGGUUGGGAAUGACAUAGGGUUAAGGAAUCACAAAAUUGGUAGCUUGAGUGAAUUGAAAGGCCUUAACCAACUAGGAGGAGGGUUAUGCAUAAGUAAUCUUCAAAACGUGAGGGAUGUUGAACUGGUAUCCAGGGGGGAAAUUUUGAAAGGAAAACAAUAUCUUCAGUCCUUGAGAUUGGAAUGGAAUCGGCGGGGCCAAGAUGGGGAGUAUGAGGGUGAUAAGUCAGUGAUGGAAGGCCUUCAACCACACCGACACCUAAAGGAUAUCUUUAUAGAAGGUUAUGGAGGUACGGAGUUUCCAAGUUGGAUGAUGAAUGAUGGGUUGGGUUCCCUGUUUCCCUACCUAAUUGAAAUUGAAAUUUGGGAAUGUUCAAGAUGCAAAAUUCUGCCACCCUUUUCUGAACUCCCUUCUCUCAAGUCUUUGAAGCUUGAUGAUAUGAAAGAAGCGGUGGAGUUAAAGGAGGGUUCAUUAACAACGCCACUCUUCCCAUCUCUUGAAUCGCUCAAACUCUGUUCCAUGCCAAAGUUGAAGGAAUUGUGGAGGAUGGACUUACUAGCAGAGGAGGGUCCUUCAUUUUCUCAUCUUUCGAAGUUAUAUAUUUAUAAAUGCUCUAGUUUGGCAUCACUGCAUCCGUCUCCUUCUCUUUCUCAAUUAGUGAUCAGAAAUUGCCAUAACUUGGCAUCACUGCAUCCUUCUCCUUCUCUUUCUCAAUUAGAGAUCGGACAUUGCCGUAACUUGGCUUCCUUGGAACUGCAUUCAUCUCCUUGUCUUUCAAAAUUAGAGAUCAUAUAUUGCCAUAGCUUGGCAUCCUUGGAACUGCAUUCAUCUCCUUGUCUUUCAAAAUUAAAGAUCAGCUAUUGCCAUAACUUGGCAUCCUUGGAACUGCAUUCAUCUCCUUGUCUUUCAAAAUUAGAGGUCGGAAAUUGCGAUAAUUUGGCAUCCUUGGAACUGCAUUCUUCUCCUUCUCUUUCUCAAUUAGAGAUCGAAGCUUGCAGUAACUUGGCUUCCUUGGAACUGCAUUCAUCUCUCUCUCCUUCUCGAUUAAUGAUCCAUAGUUGCCCAAACUUGACAUCCAUGGAACUGCCGUCAUCUCUUUGUCUUUCUCAAUUAUAUAUCAGAAAUUGCCAUAAUUUGGCAUCCUUGGAACUGCAUUCUUCUCCUUCUCUUUCUCAAUUAAACAUCCAUGAUUGCCCAAACUUGACAUCCAUGGAACUGCGGUCAUCUCUUUGUCUUUCUGAUUUAGAAAUCAGUAAAUGCCCUAACUUGGCAUCCUUCAAAGUGGCUCCAUUACCUUCUCUUGAGACACUAUAUCUGUUCAGAGUUAGAUAUGGUGCGAUAUGGCAGAUAAUGUCUGUCUCUGCUUCUUCUUCGUUGAAGUCUCUGCAUAUUGGAAGCAUAGAUGAUAUGAUAUCUCUCCCGAAGGAGCUACUUCAACAUGUUUCUGGCUUGGUAACGUUAGAGAUCCGUGAGUGUCCUAACUUGGCAUCCUUGGAACUGCCGUCAUCUCCUUCUCUUUCUGGAUUAACGAUCCGUGAUUGCCCAAACUUGACAUCCAUGAAACUGCCGUCAUCUCUUUGUCUUUCUCAAUUAGAGAUCAUCGAUUGCCAUAACUUGGCAUCCUUGGAACUGCAUUCUUCUCCUUCUCUUUCUCAAUUAGUGAUCAGAAAUUGCCAUAACUUGGUAUCCUUGGAACUGCCGUCAUCCCAUUGUCUUUCUAAAUUAAAGAUCAUAAAAUGCCCUAACUUGGCAUCCUUCAAUACGGCAUCAUUACCUCGUCUUGAGGAACUAAGCCUGCGUGGAGUCAGAGCAGAGGUACUGAGGCAGUUCAUGUUUGUCUCUGCUUCUUCUUCAUUGAAGUCUCUGCGUAUACGGGAGAUUGAUGGUAUGAUAUCUCUCCCAGAGGAGACGCUUCAAUAUGUUUCCACUCUCGAAACUCUCUACAUUGUUAAGUGCUCUGGUUUGGCAACAUUACUACACUGGAUGGGCAGCCUUUCCUCGCUUACGGAACUUAUUAUUUAUGACUGCUCUGAAUUGACAUCACUGCCAGAAGAGAUCUAUUCCCUAAAAAAACUGCAGAAAUUUUAUUUCUGUGAUUAUCCACACCUACGGGAAAGAUACAACAAGGAAACAGGUAAAGACCGGGCCAAGAUUGCUCAUAUCCCACAUGUUCGUUUCUACCUUGAUUCCGAUAUGGAAUGGCAGAUUAACAUCAUUUGCUGAUGCUGUGCACUAAACUAAUCAUUUUACUUGGGAGUUGUACAUUCUAAGAGUUUGAGGAAAUAUUGAGGUCUGGUAUGAUAACUCUCAAUCCUUGGAACUGCAUUCAUCUCCUUCUCUUUCUCGAUUAACAAUCCAUGAUUGCCCAAACUUGGCAUCCUUCAAUGUGGCAUCAUUACCUCGUCUUGAGGAACUAAGCCUGCGUGGAGUCAGAGCAGAGGUACUGAGGCAGUUCAUGUUUGUCUCUGCUUCUUCUUCAUUGAAGUCUCUGUGUAUACGGGAGAUUGAUGGUAUGAUAUCUCCCAGAGGAGCCGCUUCAAUAUGUAUCCACUCUCGAAACUCUCUACAUUGUUAAGUGCUCUGGUUUGGCAACAUUACUACACUGGAUGGGCAGCCUUUCCUCGCUUAAGGAACUUAUGAUUUAUGAAUGCUCUGAAUUGACAUCACUGCCAGAAGAGAUCUGUUCCCUUAAAAAACUGCAGAAAUUUUAUUUCUGUGAUUAACCACACCUAGAGAAAAGAUACAACAAGGAAACAGGUAAAGACCGGGCCAAGAUUGAUCAUAUCCCACGUAUUAAUUUCCAAAGUGAUCGAGUUAUGGAAUAUAAGUUGUACAUUCUAAGAGUUUGAGGAAAUACUGAGAGCUUGGAAAUCGUGGCUGCCUUGAAUCGACGUCACUGUCAGAAUAUAUGUUCCCUCAAAAACCUGCAGACACUAAAUAAUCUGCAUCUGUUCACAGAAAGAUGCUGAAAGGAAAGGUGAAGACCAACCCAAGAUUGCUCAUAUGCCACAAAUUGAUAUCAUACAUCCAUGAAGAUUGAACUGAUACACAAUGCCUUUCAGAGUUUGUAGAAGAGAAGAAAGAUUUGAUCCAAGAUAUUCCUAAAGAUCGGAAACUUUCAAAGCCACCCAAGAUCCCACAGCCUACCUUAAUAAUUUGGGGAGACCAAGAUAAGGUAUUCCUAGUAGAAUUGGCUCACAAAUUGAAAAGACAUUUCAGGUGAGGAGGCCCAACUUGUGAUCAUAGAGCAUACUUUUAUUAUAGAGAAGCCCAAGGAAAUAUUUAAGCACUUGAAAUCCUUUCUCAUUGAUUUGCUUCCACCUCCCAAGCAACACCUAGAACCACUCGCACCAUGACGAAGUUAAAAGGAACUAAUGCAACAUUCUCAAUAUAUUAGAAUAUAUCGAAGGAAGGGUGGCCACAUAUGAAGACCCUAUUCCAAGAACUUGGAAUUCAUGGCUACCCUGAAUUGACAUCCCUACCAGAAGAUAUGUUCCCUUAAAAGCUUGCAGACACUAAACAAUUUGCAGCUGUUCACACUUAGAGGAAAGUUGCUGAAAGGAAAAGUGAAGACUAACCAAAGAUUGCUCAUAUCCCACAAAUUGAUAUCAUACAUCCAUGAAGAUUGAACUGAUACAGAAUGUCUUUUAGGCAUUUUGGGCGAGGAGGCUCGACUUGUGAUCAUCAAUAACACAAGGCAUGUUUUUAUACAGAGAAGCCCAAAGAAACUUUUAAGCAUUUUGUUAGCCCAAGGGUUCUCCUAAUCAGGUUUUGAUGAUAACAAACCAUGGUUAAGUGACUAAUUGGUUUGAAUGGUAAAGAAUCUUAGGUAUAAAUUUGGAAAUUCAUCAAAUGACCAAAUGGAUACAAGAUCGAGACUUUUGGAAGACUUUUGAUUAUAGGAAACAAAUGUAAGAUGAAUGCAUGGGUGCACUUAGGUUUUACAUAUCUUUUUAUGCAUCUUUGAAAACUCGGUUUAUUCCUUAAAAUUACGAUUUCAUUAAAACCCAGGUUUUAUCAAAUGUAUCUUAGGCAAAACGUUUCAAAAUUGGCAUAUCAAUUUACCUAAAGACCUUGCCUAAGUGUUAGAAAGGAAAAGAAUUGAAAAAUAUAGGUUUUCGGGGCUAAAAGACUGAACCGAUCGAGGCACAGUCAAUCGGCUCAACCAACCAGGGAACCGAACGAUCGGUUGCUCUUGUCCGACCGAGAUCUGGUCGAGGAGUGUCAAAAACACACUCUCUCAUCCAGUAGCCUUCUCUUCCCAGUCGAGGUACUCUCCUUCCCGAUCGACCUCUAGUCGAGGUUCAGUCGAGGCAACGGUAACCUACCAAAGCAUUAAAUGCUCCAACGGCUAGUGAACCAAUCGACCCCCAGCUCGACCGGUUAAGGCUGUUUUUUGCUUUUUUUGGCUCCCAAGCUUAGAAACCUAUAAAUUGAGAGCUCCACUUCAUUUAUGACAUAAAGAACACUUGCAAUCAAUUUUCUACCCACUUGUUCUUGCCUUAAAAGCUCUCAUUUAUUUCUUAGUGCAUUAAAUCCUCACUUGCAUAUCCUUUAGUGCACCCUUGUGAAUCAUCCUAGCUUUGAUUUGUAUUUGAGCUAUCAUUGAGCUAGAUUGAGGGCUUCAUUCUUGUAAAAAUUGAGUGUUAAAGCCUUCAAGAGGUUUGAAUCUUGAAGAGAUUAUGUAAGAGCCCAUUGGAGCCAGAAUCCAAGUUUAAAGGAGAUUGGAAGCUUUGUUGAAGCUUCAAGUUAGUGGAACCCUCACUCGGUUAGGAGAUUGAGGAGAGUGGACGUAGGCAAGGAAAUGUCGAACCACUAUAAAA